CUGAGAAACAGAACAUUAUUGCUGGUCAGGGCCUCACUGAGAUCAGUAUCUGUAAGCAGAAUCAUAAAAAUGACCCCUGGGAAUGAGAUGAAGGGGUGGCAAUGGGAAAGUCAGCGGACCAAUUAACACCCAGCCUCCCCAUGAGAACUGCGGCCUUGGCAGGCAGCCAGUGAGUGAUCAGGCCACGGGUGAGCGAGCACAGGAGAGCCUAAUGGCAUUACGAUAGGGUAAUCACAGAAGACCCCAGGCUGCUCGUCGAGAUGAAUCCAGAGUGAGAUGGCUGUUUACCCAGCGAACGUAAAACCAUGAUUAGGGGGUUAGUGCCUUGAUGAGAGGUGAAACUGAUUCUCAUUGGUGGUCAAACCUUUUAUGAUUGGCUUGAUUACACAUGUUGCAAUGAAGCACAAUGUUACCCAUGUGGUUGCUCAAAGGUCACAUGUUCAACACGUCAACACUCAAUUGGGACACAGUCCGGCAUAAGUUUACUGUAUGCUUUAUUGGGCUACGUGCACAAAAUCAUUUCACAAUUUGAAUUCUACCAGAUGAUAUCCUACAGACUCACACAAAAUGUUUGUACUAAACACUAAAACGUUUCCUUUCAUGUUUGAAACGUCCCUCUUGUCCCGAUACCUAGGUGUGAUGCAAGAUUUAGGAUGGGAAUUCUGACACCUUUCAUGGUCUUUGAGGCGUCUGGAAGCUGGGGGCUUUAUAAAGGCUUGCAUCUGCUUCAGUGUUCCACAGUACUGACAGCAAGGUUACCAUUUUGGACCUUGAACCACAAAACAAGCUUAUAGACAAUAAAUUAUUUUCGUAUAUUCGAACUUUUUAAAAGUUUCUCCGUAAGAUUUUCGUUGGAGGAAAUGAAUGCACUUAUGACUUUUGUGUUUUUACCGGCUGUGGCUUCUUUGGCUUUUCCGUUUCCCCGCCACGGCUUUCGUCCUUUUGGCAAGAGGACACACGACUUUGAUUCAUCCGGUAACGGCCCAGACGAUCCUAGUCGAGGAAUUGUAAAAGUGGUCAAACUUGACCUGCAUCAUUCAGCCCACCCUGGUGUUUUUAGGCGUGGACUAGUCCCAAGAACCGUACCUAGUUCGAGGGUGCCCUUCCCUGCCUUCUUGGCCAUGGGCCGUCCGGGACCUGCACUCCCCGCUCAAUUUGCUGUCCCUCCACUGCCGCACCUGCGUCGUGAGAGCCAAUCCGGGUUGGAUGUGAAGAAGAAACAAGGCUUGGCGAUGUGGCAGAAAGCUAUGAACAAAGGCGACCAUGGUAAAAUGUCCAUGCCUCUCCCCGUCACCCUGAAGGACGCUGGCAAACAGACCUGCACCGCCGUGCCUUUUACGCAUCGGGUGACAGACGAUGGAUGCGACUCUGUGACAGUUCACAACAACCUGUGCUUCGGUCAGUGCAGUUCGCUCUUCGUCCCGUCAGAAGGCGAAUUCGUCGGCCUCUCUGGACCAGGACGCGGUCGCGCGCCCUGUUCCCGGUGCGCUCCGUCCAAGGCACGCACCGUCGUGGUGCCACUGCGCUGUGGAACAGGAGUGCGGGAAAGGCGUGUGAUGGUGGUGGAGGAGUGCAAAUGCGAGACUGGCCGUGAACAGGGGAAGGUAGAGGCCUCCCAUAUGUGACUGAUGCUCACGUGCUCCUUGCUGACGAGCACGCCCAGUAGGCCUGGUCUUGAAAUACGAUAUCAAGUUCAACGUUUGUAUGUUUCGUAUGUCUACUUAACGAGUAUGAACAGUUUUGUUCGGAGAGAAACGAUUUGGAGGCAAAUGCCACCAAUGAUGAUUGACAUGUGACCUGGAGUCAUGCAGUUUUCUGUUUGAGCAAUCCACUCUGGCUGGUGUAAUGUAACGUCAUGUAUCAUUUAAACCCAAUGAUAGUGUUGUUUUUGCAUAUUAUUAAAACUUUAUUUGAAAGACUUGGCCCUACACUUGUUUUCCCCUCCUUUCUGUGAUUUCACAAUUUGAAACAUUGAUGGUGACAUGCACGACCUAUUGUGAGCAUUUUGGUUUUUCAUCCACUAAUUCUCCGCUUCUGGUACACGAUCCGAUCCCAUAUUUUAUUAAAAUCCUUUGUUUGACUGAACUUGUGCAGCACACCGCACUUACAUCUAAAAAGCACGAAAACUUGUGUGUGUAUUCUCGUACUAUUGAACAAGGGGUGCUUAAGAGUAAGCAGACAUAAUUGUUUCAGCAUGAAUACUGAAUUAUUUAUUAGCCUCCCAUUCUCCUCCAAUCUCCAUUCAGAGUGGUGGGAAUUCUUACAUCCUCAUCCACAGAUGCACUUGAGUGUGUUUUUCAGUCCGGGCCCAUAUAAACGCAUUAUUCAUUUAUUUCUUGGCACCUGGAGCUGGUAAACUGAACUCAUCCCAUACAUCCCCAUACAUUCCCAGAGGAGCAUAAAGAAGGGCUCUUUACGUCGGCUUGUUGGCAGGCUGACAAAAUGGCCGCUUAUGCGGCCCAUUUGCAUUCAAUGUUUUCGGGCCAUGGCGCUAUGGGAGCGCAUUGAGCUCCCUCUGGGUUCAUUUGCAUGUAAUUUGCAUCUCGUGUUGAUGGCUAUAUCUUAGUGAGAUUGAUGGAAAAAUAUUUGCACAGGUCUUAGAUAAAUAGAAUUAGGGGCCUGGUAUAAUCAGGAGCUAUAAUGAGGUGAGGGCCCAGGGCCCUUGUUUGGUUUCCAUAUGCAUGAAGUGCAGAGGCUACAUGCUUUCCUGCAGAUCGUUUCUCAUCCCUAUCACAUUUUUGCAGUGCUUGUCGUACCCACGUUUUGGCUACUUUGGUUCCAUUUCUCUUCUUUCUGCUUCACUCGGUCUCUCCGCUAUCACCGUUUUUCUUCCAAUAUUGGCCUUUUAUAUACCAUGCCUUGUAUCUAGGGAGACUGGACUGAUGCGGUCACAAUGCUGCUCUACCUGAUGGUAUCCAGGCCCUUGCUGUGACCUUAACAUGUGUUCGUCCUCGCUGUGCCGCCUCGAGGCUAUAUAUCUGCGUCAUUCUCUCUCUCUUUUUUUUAAUCCACAAGCCCUCUCCCAAUCUCUCUCUGUUCUCAU